GUUCCUCCCCUCUCGUAUAAAAACACCCUUCCGCGCUGCCACUCCUCGCCUCGCUCGCCGCCGCCGCCGCUUCCUCCUCGAGUUCGCUCGCCAGCUGCAGCCAUGGUGAAGUACUCGAGGGAGCCAUCCAACCCCACCAAGUCCGCCAAGGCCAUGGGCCGGGACUUGCGUGUGCACUUUAAGAACACACGGGAGACAGCUUUUGCCAUCAGGAAGCUGCCCCUGACCAAGGCUAAAAGGUACCUUGAGGAUGUGAUUGCCCACAAGCAAGCCAUUCCCUUCCGUAGGUACUGUGGUGGUGUUGGACGGACUGCACAAGCCAAGUCUCGCCACUCGAAUGGUCAAGGACGUUGGCCUGCUAAGUCUGCUAGAUUCAUUUUGGAUCUUCUCAAGAAUGCAGAGAGCAAUGCUGAAGUUAAAGGUUUGGAUAUCGAUACGCUCUACGUGUCGCAUAUUCAGGUGAACCAAGCUCAGAAGCAGCGGCGCCGGACUUACCGUGCUCAUGGGCGCAUCAAUCCUUACAUGUCCUCCCCGUGCCACAUUGAGCUGAUGCUAUCGGAGAAGGAAGAGCCAGUCAAGAAAGAGGCUGAGACCCAAAUCGCACCCAGGAAGGCUUAGAAGACAGGGAGCUUUGCAUGGUUUUGCUAAUGUCGGUUAGAAAGUUAGCUGAUCGCCUGUAUCUCCUUGUGCUGUUGGUUCAUACUUCAUCAGACCCUUUUCGGAGUUAAUUGUCUCAAGUGGAUCUUACUCUUACCGAACAAAACUAUCUCCAUGUUUUUGCUUAUCCUGGUUGCACGCCAGAUUUUCACCUGGAGGUGGUUUGAACUGUGAACUGCAUUUCACAUGUAUUGUCUCUGUUUGUUGAAAUGCUCGUGGUUUCUGACAGUGAAUAAGCUAGCAGUAUGUCUUGCUUGUUUGCAUCA